AUAUUCCUUAUCAUAAUACUUAAUGCGCUGGACGUCAUUACAUGGACUCUGAUCAUUAGGACUGAUCAGAAUUCAAGAUGGCCAAACUACUCGCACUACUUAUGCUCUGUGUGCUUCCCGUUGUUCUUGCAGACAACGCCCAAUGUUUCUCAAACGAAUGUGGUCCUCUGGAAUUUUGCUGCGGACCUCAUGAAUGUUGUUUGAAGGACUGCUCAUCAACUAAUUGUGCUGUCGACCAGUAUUGCUGUGGAAACGAAAAAUGCUGCCAUCAUGAGUGUCAUUCAGAAUUUUGUGAUCCCCGGAAUGAAUACUGUUGUGGUGAAAACAAGUGCUGUGCAUUCAAAUGUGCUGGCGGGUGUGAUGAUGACCACUUCUGCUGCGGCACAAACUUAUGCUGCGCUAAUCAGCUAUGGUACUCCUUCUGGUGGAUAUGGGCUAUUUCGAGCUUCGCAUUCUUACUUCUCCUUUCGUCUUGUAUCGCCGUCUGUUGCCGGGCAUGCUGCUCUCGUAAACCCAAUGAGGUCGUAAUAUAUAGAGCAGAUGCCAACCCAUAUAAUCGAUUCGAAAACGAAUUGAAAACAUGUACGGAACAUUAUUAAAAUAUAUAGGUCUAGAUAAAAUAAAAGUUGUUAAAAAGCGUACUAUAGGCCUACAGCGCAUAACAGAGAAUCGUAAAAUUGAUUGUGUUAUAAUUUUGUGACAACUAAUUUAUUUACUUUUGUACUCUAAUCAUAAUAUUAUUGUGUUUAUACUUUUGUUUCUUAAAGUCAUGCUCCGGAGGAAAAAUAUGUUUUGAUAUGUGUAGAACUAAUUAAGACAGAAAACAAUUUGUUUGACGAAAAACCUGGGAACGGUAUAUGAAAUACAAUGUGAACAUUUAAAAACUGGGGGCGUAACCUCUCUUUUUUCCACCUUUUCCCCCAGUUUUUGAAUAUUAAAAAAUCUGUAUCUCUUUAACAGUUCCUGAAAUCAAAAUUAGCAUUUGGGAGGACGACAUAACUUGGAACUAUUGAUAUACAGUAGUAUAUCUCAAUAAAGAUAUACUGUACUUAUAAUUUAGCAAUAUUAAACCCAAUCCGACAUUGGUUAGAAACAAACUUUUAAAUCUAAAUCCAUAAAUUCUUAAUGCAUAAAAUUUAAAAUGUAGAUGUAUGGUCGUCUGGAUGGUUAAUCACAUUGUUUAGGGGUAGGAAAGUUGCCGCAGCCAGAUGACGUCAUUCAGCAAGCUACUAAAUUCAAUUACAUCAGCGAAACCCAAUUCAUAAAAGAAUAUUUUGUUUCAUGAAAAAAUACACGUGAAAUAUCCUAUGUAGUAAUUAUACACUAUAAUUUUAAUAAGCCUAUAAUAUGUGUAAGGAAAGGUAGGAGAGCUACCCAUAGUUCGCAGCCCCAUUGUUCGGUAUUUCAUAUUGGCAUGAUCCGUGACUGUCUAGCCGCCGUUGAGAAGCGCUUAAUUAUGCAGCUUCAUGUUCACAUCAUCAGUGGCGUAUCCAGGGGUGCGGGGGGCGCACACCCCUCAAAAAAUUACCCGCUCCCCCCCCCCCCCCCCACAAAAAAAUCACUUGCAAGUAGAUAAAAUUAUCUAAAAUUACCUUAUUUUGCGAGUUAGUACCACCCCUCAAAUGAUCAUCGAGCCCCUUCACCCGCACGCUCCCCAUCAGCACCCCCAUUUCAAGACUUCAAGAUACGCCACUGCACACCAUUCCAGAAUGGCACGGACUGAGAUGUUAUCGACACGGGAUUUCACCCGUUAUAAUGUUAACGUCACAUUUUCUGUUCAAUUCUUCUUUCUCAUAGUUAUUUACACUUGACCAGGGGUCUGUAAUCCCAGAUUGAAUAUGUACAUGAUUUAGAUUUGUUUUUUGUGAUAAGUAUCUACAUACUCUGUAUUUCCUUUUCUUUUGUUAUCUGUAUUUUCUUUUGUUAAUAUGUUGAUAUUUUUAUAUCUUUGUAAAAUUAACAUAAUGCUGAUAAUAGACUUCGAGAGUAUCUAUAUCAAUAAAGCAUUGAAUAUAAUUGAAAUUGAAUUAAAAUCAACAUGUAGUAAACAAA